AUGGAAAACUCGCGCGACCGGCCGUCCGUGCUGGGGCGGCGCAUGUCCUCCGCCGGCGCCUCGCGCUUCCCGCUGGGCGCCGACUUCUUCCCGGACGUCACGUUCUCGCCCGAGCAGCAUGCGUUCCUCAAGGAGCAGGCCGACAAGCUGUCGGCCGAGGCCGUGCAGCGGGCCAAGUGGGCCAUGAGCUACGAGGACGGCGCCAACGGCUGGAAGCUCUCCAACUCGCAGCGCCACUUCCGCGAGACCGGCAUCCGCACCUGCUGCAGGAGGCGCGACGCGCGCGACCGCGACGGCCAGCGCCAGCUCGAGUUCCGCUGCAUGGGCAAGGCCAACAUGUCGCUCGACCACUGCCUCGGCGCGCUCUACUCGGACAACACGGCGGACUUCCGCAGCAACACGACCUUCCUCAUUGAGAGCGCGCUGGACGCCGUGGUGCUCAACGCGCUCGAGACACGGACGGACGACAGGCCGCACCACUACCUCGGGCUCAACUGGCUGGCCAGCCGCUCGCCGGGGCUCUUCGUCAAGAGCCAAGACCUGUGCUACCUGCGGAGUCUCGGCACGACGCUGGACAGCGACAAGAAACAGGUCGGCUACUUGGUCAUCCAGUCCGUGGACAUUAAGGAGUGUGCGUCGCUGGAGAACUCGCUGGGCCUCAUGCGCACCAAGAUGUCGGCCGUACUGUUAUUUAAGGAGAACGCAGACGCUCGCUCCACCAGCGUGCUGUGGCAGGGAUCCAUGGGCCUGAACGGCCACUCGUCCAGCAAACCCGUCAACUUUGUGCACGAGACCUUCACCUCCAUCGUCUCGAACCUCAACAAGGUGCAGGAGGCCAAGUACAUGGCGCAGCGGGUGGAAGUGAACAAGUUCCAGCGCAUGAUCGCAGGAGAGCGCAAGUACUGCUACAUUUGCAACAAGAAAUUCUCGCUGGUGCGGACACGCGCGCAGUGCAGUGCCUGCGGGGAAAAUAUCUGCAAGGAUUGUGAAGUAUCGAGCCGAGCGAAGGCUUUCAACACCGGUAGCUUCGACAUCCCCACGCCGACCUCGAGUCGCCCCGAAGUCGUGGUGUUCUGCAAGAAGUGCGUGACAGCUGCGCGCCGCGACCUGAACAACCAGGAAGGAAUCACGGCGCUCCACUACCGUCCGUCCUACGCCGGCAAAGCGUCCAACCAGAGCAGCAGCACGAGCACCAGCUCCUUGCAGAAGCUGACUGCCGAGGGACGCAGUAGCAUCCUCUCGGACCGCGCACCGCUGUACGUCGGGACCACGAUCCCCAUGUCGAGCGCUGGCGAAGUACCUAUGAGCCCGCUGUCCGUCCGGACGGAGCGCGAGAAGCGGCGUUCUCGAUUGGAGACCGACCCGAUGGAGUCGUAUGACGGCUUCGAGAACCACGCGUACGGCGAGCCAAAGGAGGACCAAUUCGAGCCACAGGAGUCUAUUCGGGAGAGCUGCAGCAGCUACAGCAGCUACAAGCACGCGCUGGACCGACGCGGGUCACAGGAAGCUCGCGACAACGACAUGGCCAGCCGAUUACGAGAGAUCUCGCAGCGCGCGCAGGAGGCUCUGGAGGUGACGAAGCGCAACUCGUGCCUGAUGAGCGACACGAGCAGCGCGCCUCGUAUGUCGGACUUGACGGCCUUCAAGGAGCUGGACAAGUCCAUCGCCGAGCAGGCGGAUCUGCUCAACGUCAUCGGCCUCGUGAGUACCGGCCGCGUGUAUAUGGAGAACAACGGGCCCGAGCAGGGCGGAGUGCGUGUCAGUGAGUCGUCCAGUAUCAUGAGUGAGGACGAGCGGUUCGAAGUCCUCACGUAA